UGACCGGCGAGGGCACGAGAAAAUCUUAUAAAAUGUUCGCGGCUCGAUGUGUAUUUUUGUUGCUACUCGCGUUAGUAGCUUCCACGCGGGGAGCCAAUAUUUUGGGGCUGUUCAGCAGCCACAGUCCGUCGCACCUGAUCAUCCACAUGUCGGUGGCCAAGGCACUGGCCGAAGCAGGACAUAACGUGACAGUGGUGUCGAUGCUGAAGCCCACGAUAACCCACAAGGACAUCACCGUGAUUGUGGUGCCGAUGAAAAAGGAGCAAGAGCUGGUAAUGGAAAACCAAAUGUCCGUAAUGGCCGGUCAGAAGAACUCUCUCUUCAGCACCAUGAAUCGCAUUCUUAAUGACAUGGAUGUGAUGAUCAAGGCCCAGGCUGAACUGCUUUCCGAUCCGAGAUUCCUGCGCAUCUACGAGACCAAAUUCGAUUUGAUGAUACUUGGUUAUUUUAUAAACGAUUUCCAAUUGGGAGUUGCAGCCAAGCUAAAGGUGCCUGUAAUCGUUGACUGGAUGUCGGCGCCUGUUCCCAUCAUUGAAAAAUUCACGGGUAAUCCCUCGGAGAUCUCGUAUGUGCCCAUUAUGGGCACUGUUGUAACGCAUCCCAUGACUUUUUUUAAUCGAAUCGAGAACUUGGCCAAGUCCCUGAUCUUUAAAUACAUUAUAGUUGCAUUUGAGUAUAAAUUGUUCAGCAUUUAUAAAGAAGUCUUCCCGGCUAAAGAUCAGCCAACUCUACAUGAGCUUCGAAAGAAUAUCUCCAUGGUCUUUGUCGGAUGCCACUUGAAUAGUGAGGGUCCCAUUCGAGCCCUUGUUCCUGCCAUCGUUGAAAUCGGAGGCAUUCAGGUUAAGGAUAAGCCGGAUCCGCUGCCCAAGGAUAUCGAUACGUUUUUAAAUAAAUCGAAGCAAGGAGCCGUCUUUCUCUCACUCGGCUCUAACAUCAAGAGCUCCUCGGUAAAGCCGGAAAUCAUUCAGACCCUCUUCAAGGUCCUAUCUGGAUUGAAACAGAAUGUCAUUUGGAAGUGGGAGGACCUGGAAAAAACGCCUGGAAAUGCAUCCAACAUUCUCUAUAAGAACUGGCUGCCCCAAGAUGAUAUCCUGGCCCAUCCAAACACCAAAAUCUUUAUCACACAUGCCGGUAAGGGUGGCAUCACCGAGGCCCAGUACCAUGGAGUACCUAUGGUGGCCUUGCCCAUUUUCGGGGAUCAGCACGGAAAUGCUGGUGUAAUGGAAAAAUCGGGAUAUGGCGUGGCCCUCGAUUUGCUCACCAUAACGGAGGAUAGUCUGAAAGAGGCCGUGCAAAAAGUCUUGGGAAACGAGAAGUAUGGCCAAGCUAUUGGGAAAUUCUCCGCCCUCUAUAGAGAUCGACCUCUGAGCGCAAAACAAUUGGUCGUUUACUGGACGGAGUACAUUCUGAAGCAUCGUGGUGCCCCCCACCUGCAGAGUCCAGCGGUGCAUAUGAGCUUCAUUGAGCUAAACAAUCUGGAUAUAUACGCUCUAAUUUUAACAAUCCUAGGUUUAUUCGUCUUCCUAACUCGCCUGGUUGUUAAAUUAAUUUGGAAAAAGUUGUGGGGCACGGCAAAGAUCUCAGAGGCGAAAAAGAAACAAUAA